UUUUUUGUGGGCGUGGCUUGGUGACGCCGCCCUGGUUGCAGAGAGUGUCUGAGCGUGAAUCCAGGCGGAGCUGAUAGAGGAUGGAGCAGAGGGACAGAGGAGCAACCACCUCAGAUCUCAUCACUAAAACAUCACGUCCACGCAUCAGGAUUCGUCUUAAUUUCACGCUGAGUUUGGUUUCGCGUCUCUCUCAUUUGUGUCCUCAUUUCGUCGCUGACAACAGCCGCGCGUCGGUCCGCUUCUCCCAUCUGGCUGUGAACACGGAACCGGUUCUGGCUUUUAUGUACCAGUGGAUGGAGAGAAGAUCCGGUUGAAAAAGGAAAAACAUUUACGCGAGGUUCACACCUUCAGCUGGACUCAAAGUCGCUCCUCAAAUCCAAAUGGAUGAAGACAAUCAUGUCCCUGAGGAUCUGUCCCUGGAGGAGAGGGAUGAGCUGUCAAACAUCCGACGGAGGAAGAGAGAGCUGCUCGAUGACAUUGAGAGGUUGAAAUUUGAGAUUGCAGAGGUCAUGACAGAGAUCGAACAGCUGACGUGUGUCGGGGAAAGCAAAACAUCUCAGAGGAACAAACAGAUCGCUAUGGGCAGGAAGAAAUUUAACAUGGAUCCCAAAAAGGGAAUCCAGUUCCUGCUGGAGAACGACCUCCUCCAGAACACUCCAGAAGACAUCGCUCAAUUCCUCUACAAAGGCGAGGGGCUCAACAAGACCAUCAUUGGGGACUACUUGGGCGAGCGGGAUGACUUUAACAUCAAGGUGCUUCAGGCUUUCGUGGAACUGCAUGAGUUUGCAGACCUAAACCUCGUCCAAGCGCUGAGGCAGUUCCUGUGGAGCUUCCGCCUGCCAGGUGAAGCCCAGAAGAUUGACCGUAUGAUGGAGGCGUUUGCCUCGCGCUACUGUCAGUGCAACCCUGGAGUUUUCCAGUCGACAGAUACCUGCUAUGUGUUGUCAUUCGCUAUCAUCAUGCUGAACACCAGUCUACACAACCCAAACGUCAGAGACAAGCCUCCCGUGGAGCGCUUCAUCUCCAUGAACAGGGGCAUCAAUGAAGGAGGGGAUCUGCCAGAGGAGCUUCUCAGGAAUCUUUAUGACAGCAUCAAAAAUGAGCCCUUCAAAAUCCCAGAGGACGAUGGGAAUGACCUGACACACACAUUCUUCAACCCGGACAGAGAAGGCUGGCUCUUAAAGCUGGGAGGCAGAGUCAAAACGUGGAAGAGAAGAUGGUUUAUCCUAACCGACAACUGCCUCUAUUACUUUGAAUACACAACAGAUAAAGAGCCUCGUGGGAUUAUUCCCCUUGAAAACCUCAGCAUCAGAGAGGUGGAUGAGCCAAGAAAACCUAACUGCUUUGAGCUCUACAACCCCAACCAUAAAGGUCAGGUCAUCAAGGCCUGCAAAACUGAGGCAGACGGGCGGGUCGUGGAGGGUAACCAUGUUGUGUACAGGAUAUCAGCCCCCACCCCAGAGGAGAAGGAGGAGUGGAUCAAGUCCAUCAAGGCGAGCAUCAGCAGGGAUCCUUUCUAUGACAUGCUAGCCACCAGGAAGAGGAGGAUAGCCAAUAAGAAAUGAUGACUGCAUAUCUCAGACUGAACAUUUUUCUGUGCGUUUUCUAUGGACGUAGUGAAGGUCUCCCGUUCAUUGAUUUUAGGACUGAGGGACAAGCACUGAUACAAGGGACCCUGGAUCAUUUCUGGCUCAAGACUGUUUGCAUCUUAAGUCUUUUGUGAUGAAAAACAUGUGGAUGAACUCUUCGCCAACACCAGUUAUAAUGAAGAACAUCAGAAGAAGAGACAAGUAUGACUGUAAUAAGGGAGCUUUUUUUCUGAAAUGUUUGGGAGAGAUUGCCCUCUGCUGGGCACUUAUUUAAUUAAAUGUACUUCACCUUAUGCAGUUCCCUGCACACAUAACCCCUAGAACUUUUUUAGUUUGUUACCUCAUUGUAUUUUAACUGGAUUUUAUGCGAUAGACCUACACAAAGUAGAGCAUAAUUUUGAUAAUACGUUGUGUUCUUUUUUUUUUUUUUUUUUAUCUGAAAGGUGUGGCUUGCAUGUGAAUUUCGCCCCUCAUAGUAAUUGCUACAAUCACAGCUUUAAGUCUGUCGGGGUAUGUCUCUAAAUGUAGAGUCUAAAAUUCCUGCUGGUUCUUCUUUGCCAAACAGAUUGGAUGGAGAGCAUUUUUGAACAUCGGUGUUAAAGUAUUGCCACUAUCGUAGCUCGUAGACUGUAUGUUAAGGGUUGUUUUUCACCUGUAAGGUGACCCUUAACCUCAGUUUCUUACAUGUCCUCUAUGCAGCUUCAUCCAUCUUCCAAUCACCUCUAACCCGGUGAAGAAAAACAACCCCACAGCAUGAUGCUGCAAUCGCCAUAUUACACAAUUUGAAUGAUGUGUUAGUUUUCUGCCAUAUUUCCAUGCUAUCCUUGCCUGGCUUGUCCGUUUAGUUGGGCAGCCAUGCAUUCAAUUUAUUUACCAGUAUCAGAGUAAAAGGAGCUGGAAACAUAUUCAUUCCACAUGUUUUAGAGUCUGUUUCUAAAAUAUUUUGGCACUGAUUUGUGUUGGUCGGUCAGACGUUUCUGGUUGUAAUGUGAACAUUUUUUUAAAAGUUCUGGAUGUAUGAAUAUUUUUUGGAGGAAAAAGAAAACACUGAAUCUGUUGCCAUUCACGGCAGCCAAGAUUCCUGUCGCCAUCCCUGACAUCCACCUCCUUUAACUGCCAACAGUUAACAAUAUUUUAUAGCAACUUCUGAAAGCCUCAAGCUCAUCAGUCAGCUGGUCUGGUUGGUAGCCUUUAAAGGAGUUUAUUAUUCAAUCAUUCUGAUUUAUUCUGUAAAAUUAUUCACACAGUUUGCCCAAGUAUUUAAUAUCUGACUGCAAAGCAAUGGAAACAUGACUGAGAACCGAAGACCUUACAAUAUAGAGCAUAAUUUUAAAGUGACUGUAAUUCAGUUUGUCUCCUGAAAGCAUUUUUGUUCUAAGAAUCCAUCUUUCUGUUUUUUGUAUUUAUUUCCCCCCUUACAGUUAGUGUGUAUAAUAUAAAAUGUAUAGUUUUCUUUAUGUUCACGUAGUGUUGAUCAUGGCUGUAGCCAUUUCUAUUUGACUUUUUAGUCCAGCAGCCAAUAGAGGACAUAGAGGGACUGCUCCUGGUGGAGAAAUGAAGGCCCCUCACUCCUGUUAUUGAUGAGAAAUUAAUGAAUGAUGCUGUUUAACCGUUCAGAAGGCCAAGCAGAGACUUUCAGGUUAACAUUGACUUAAUCUGACCAAUCGCCAUUUGUCGGAUACUUUGAUGUACAAUCUGAAUAAAAGAAAUUGAUACACCUUA